CAAGGGAAAUGUACUCCGUUAUUGGUUAUAGACUCUCCUGUGCUUGUUUGAAAGGUUUGGAGCGAGUUAUCUCAACUAAUGAAAGGACGCUCUAAGGCGCCAGUCCAGGAAAUCUCGAAUUAUAUCUUUAUCUGACAAGUUCUCUAGCCACAUCGAGUGGGUGGGAGAAUGCAUCAAAACACCACUCACUUCGCCAUCUUCACUGAUGCGACAGGUGGAGCUGUUAUUGUACUUGAUGGACUCAUUUCAAUAUUUGGGACGUUAGGAAAUCUUCUCGUAUUAGCGGUGAUUUUCGUGGUGCUUCGUUUCUCAACAGUUUCCAACAUCUUGAUAGCGAAUUUGGCUUGUGUUGAUUUACUGACCGUGACAGUGCUGAUACCAGGCGAUAUCGCACGUCACGUGUGUGAAAGAAUGGGACUCUGUCACGUGGACAAAACAUUGGUGUUGUUGCACCGUGUACUGGCUCAGUUUAUUGUCACUGCUUCCUCAACGAGUUUAUUCUUCAUCGCCUUGGAGCGUUUCAUAGCCAUCGCUUUUCCAUUUCGUUACAAGUCUCUGUUCACAAAGACAAAAGCAACAGUAUGUUCCUUCCUAUCUUGGACCUCGGGUGCAAUAGUAACCGGUAUUUUCCAUGGUUUAAAUAUUAUUUACGUUCAAAACACCUAUUGCAUCUUGCUGCUUCUGGUUACAUUCAUUCUUUACUUUUAUAUGUUCUUUGUUGCCUUAAAACACGAAAAGAAAAUUACUUCAAUGCCAGCUAACUAUAAUGUGCGGCCAACUCAACUCCUCUGGGAGAGCAAGUCAGCCAAGACAAUGGCUAUCGUAUUGGGUGUGUACGCACUUUGCUGGUUACCCUCAGUGAUAUUUUACUCAGUAGUUCGAAAAAAUGAUUGGUUAUACCCAAAACUUCAAGUCUGGAUAAAUACAGUGUACUACUUGAAUGCCACCUUAGACCCGUUUAUCUACUCUGUGCGAAGUGAAAAGUUUCGCAGAUCUGUUAACAAGCUUCUUAGAACGUGCACAGCUCAGUGAUUUAGAGAUGCGAGGUCCAGUUUGCAUCACCUGUAUGCAGAAUGAGCAGCAUAUCGGUGAUAUUAGAUUAAAAACAGCGCCACACAACAUGCCUUUUCUCAUCAUAAUUUUCU